CCGGCCUAACUCUUCCAGGUUGUGACAUCUUCGUUCUCCUCUGCGCCUAACCCCUCCUCUCCAAGUAUGGAAACCCUAAUGCUAACCCUAAACCUAACCGCACCGUCUAUUUCUCCCCUCUUCUCUCUUCCUCGAGCGUCCACGUCGCUCCGUUCUAGGGCAUCCUUACUACGCCGAUCCUCAGCUCGGGAGACGGCGGCGAUGAAUUCGUUACGGAGAGAUAAAAGAAUUACCAAUGAGGAACUCGCAGCAUUGAUUCAAGAAUUGGGUCCAAACAACAUGCCCGAAGAUGCUCCGCGACUACUUAUCCAAUUACAAUGUAGAGGGCUUGAACAACCUAAUAAUCCUGCCCUUUCGGUUCUGAUGCUUGUCUACGCAAAGAACGGCUUCCUCCGACAAGCACAGGCCUUGUGGGGUCAACUCAUUAACAGCCCUUAUGUGCCAACGCUCGAGGUCAUUUCGAACCUAAUGGACUCGUAUGCUACGAUGGGUCAGUUUGAUGAAAUUCGAAGAAUUGUAGAGGAAACGGCCUUUCGGGAUUUCGGCUUCUGCCGCGAGGUUUACUCUCUGGCUGUUUCUUGCUUUGGAAAGUCAGGCCAGCUUGAAAUGAUGGAGGAUACUGUAAAGGACAUGGUUUCAAAAGGCUUCAAAGUCGAUUCUCUAACAGGGAAUGCUUUUGUUAAGUACUAUAGCGUAUUCGGCUCAUUAGCGGAGAUGGAGGCCGCGUAUCAGCGGCUAAAGAAAUCAAGAAUUCUGAUAGAGGAGGAAGCGAUUAGGUCGAUGGCUUCAGCUUAUAUAAGUGAGGGGAAGUUCUACAAAUUAGGCGAGUUCUUAAAGGAUGUGGGACUUGGUCGGCGGAAUGUGGGCAAUCUUUUGUGGAACCUGCUUCUUCUCUCUUUCGCUGUCAAUUUCAAAAUGAAGAGCCUACAAAGAGAGUUUCUAAACAUGCUUGAUGCCGGGUUUUCACCCAAUCUAACUACAUUUAAUAUUAGGACUUUGGCAUUUUCAAGGAUGUGCAUGUUUUGGGACCUCCAUCUGAGCAUUGAACACAUGAAGAGUGAACGGAUUGUCCCUGAUCUUGUGACCUUUGGCUGCUUUGUGGAUGCUUACAUGGGGAGAAGGCUCGGGAGGAAUUUGUAUUUUGCUUUGGAGAAGAUGAAUGCGAAAAGUGCUCCAGUAGUUUCGACUGAUCCGAUUGUUUUUGAGGCAUUCGGGAAGGGCGAUUUCCAUGCGAGCUCAGAGGAUCUCAUACAGUCCACACCAAGGCAGGGAAAAUGGACGUAUUCGAAGCUGGUGGAUGUUUACUUGAAGAAACAAUAUAGGAGUAAUCAAAUAUUUUGGAAUUACUGAGGUGCAAGCCAGCAGAGCAGCAGCAUUUGCAGCCAGGCAAAUGCGGUGGCAGCAGUUGGAAGAGUGAUUACUGCAAUUUGGGCAAUUGGAGGAAGGGUAGCAGCAGCAAUUAGAGGCCAGCAGAAGCUCAGUCCCCUCUCCUCUUCUUCUUUUUCCUCUCUGCUCACAGGACUAACAGCCCCAGCAGCAUCAACACAAGGCGUAUCUGCAACAGUAGGUCUCUAAUCUCUACCCCAUCAUCUAUUUUCUUAUCUUUUACUUCUAUUCUACUGGUAUCAACAACAAGAGAAGCAGCUUCAGCUCAGCAUUGGCAUUGGGGACUGCUGCCAACAGCAUCAGCCGCAGCAGCUGGCAGUAUUGCUGCCAGUUCCAGCAGCAGUCAGCCGCGGCAGUAGUGGCAGCAACUCAGGAAUAAAGUGAGGGGGAAAUUGAAAUCUUCAUUGUAAGAUUGGAGUUCAGUGAGAAGAAAAAGGGAUGAGGAAACUCAGCAUACGUCUUUCUCCAAUUGGAAAUUGAGAUUUUGGAGCUGAGCUAAUUCACACCUUCCUUUUUUGCUAAUUUUGAAGCUUGCCCCACCAAUAUUCUGAGGUUCAAAAGAUGUUGGUGGAAGAGUAAUUGCUGAUUGGAGUUGAGAUUGCUAUUCUUUCCUCAUAGUUUUGGACUUAGUUCCACUGAACUUAACAGACUGGACCUCCCUUCCAUAAUCCGAAUUCGACGUGAUCAGGACAAUUCGUGGAUUCGAAUCGUGAGUGCUCGAGGAUUCUGAGUGGUGUCCGUGGAUUCGGACGUGGGGCGUGGACAAUCCGGCAACGUGUGCGAGAUUUGUAGGAGAUAAAAGAGAGGCGAAGCCCAUGUAGUCGGCAGCCACCGCCGUUCGUGGCCUCAAACGCUGCGCAGCCGGGCCAUGUCCCGCAGCGGCAUCCGCAUGGAGAAAGGCUAAUGUAG